UUGGGGCAGUGGGUGGAUCAGUAGCUCUCUCAGGACCACAAGGGCUGCUCAGUCCCUGCGCUCAGAGCCUCGGGAGCGGCGACACUUCCAGUGCGGCGAGAAGGGGAUGGCAUCACCCAUGCUAGAGGAAGAAGCCCGGUAUGUUUCCAGUCCUUUAGCAAUGCUAACUGCUGCCUGCAACAAGUUUGGGGGGUCAAGUCCUAUUAGGGAUUCUCCAUCGUCCUUAAAAUCAGGAGUAAAAAAGACCUACAACCUAAAUAAUGAUUUCAGUGCCACUAAAUUGAUGGGGGAUGGAUACUCCUCUACAUAUUUGGGAGGAAAUUUAUUGACACCAUGUGGGACACCACCUGCUCCUUCAACUUAUGGGAGUGAAUAUGGUUCCUUCACUCAUUCUUUCCCCACUUCCUCAGGAUGUCAAGAACCUAAGAGUCUCUCGUCAGCCGAUUGUGUUCCAGGAGUCUAUACUUCUUUAGAUGUAGGACAUCCUUAUAGUUCAUGGUACAAAACUGGAAUCCACCACCCAUCAAUAUCUGGUUCACCCCCUGGCACAGGAGGAUCAUGGUGGGACAUGCAUCCAAAUAGUAACUGGCUUGGCAACCAAUCGCAACCAGAAGGCCUGACUGCAUCUAUGCCACCUGUAUCAAGUCCAGGAGGUAUGAGUAACCAGUAUAGCACUGAAUACACCACUCUGACAUCAGCAAACUACCCCUCUGUGGGUUUUCCAUCCAUAUCGCCCUCCUCAAGCCCCUCUCCGACUGCCCAUUUGCUGUCACCCUCUCAGCACUCCUUGGGUCCUGACAUGUACAAGCCAAAGCUUCUGACUGCUAACCCCUUGCUUGAGGCACCAGGGCCACUAAAGCCCCAAAGAGCAUCAUCUUAUGGAAAUAAUGGACGUCCUUCAUGCGACUGCCCAAACUGUCAGGAGCUGGAGAGAUUAGGUGCAUCUGCAGCAAGCCUGAAGAGGAAGCCGGUGCACAGCUGCCACAUUCCAGGCUGUGGUAAGGUGUAUGGUAAAGCAUCGCACCUCAAAGCUCAUCUUCGAUGGCACACAGGAGAAAGGCCGUUCGUCUGCAACUGGCUCUUUUGUGGCAAACGUUUCACACGUAGUGAUGAGCUUGAACGCCAUGUACGUACCCACACACGUGAGAAGAAAUUCACAUGCCCCCUCUGUGCUAAAAGAUUCACGCGUAGCGAUCACCUGAGCAAGCACCAGCGCAGUCAUGUCGAACAAAAUGUAGCAAAGGAAGGUGGCGUUCAAGGAGAUGGUGAAGGAGUAGUUGUAGAGGGCCCUGAAGAAGAAGGACCAGGGGCAACAGAGGGAUCUCCUGUUGGUGCUAGCCAAGAUAGAGCCUCAAGUAGUCCAGGGCAGGGUGGGUUACUAGAGAUAUGAAAAGGACAACUAAAACAACUCCUAAUUAGUUGCCUGGUGCUGAAGAAUCCCAAGAACUGCUGUAGCAGUGUAGUGCAAUCUGUCCCAUCUAUGUAAAUGAAGAUCCAUUCCAAAACUGCUGUGGCUCCCAGAAACUUUUUGCUGAGUCUAUUCUAUGGCAAACAUCUUAUUUUAAUUUGAUCUCAUCAGUUGAAACAUGAAGUUUAACGACAGUGAGUUCCUUUCCCUAUUUUUAAAGCAUUCUGAACAGCAGGUAUAACAAAGACAUCAGAUCACUGACUUAAAACCCUGGGAAAUUAUUAUUUUAAAAGUGCUAAGUAACCCAUUAACUUUUCCUUCUCUUACCACGGUGACUGUUUUUGUUGUACUUUUUCUUUUUCGUUUGGAUCAUCCCCUGUCUGCUCUGCAAAGAUUUGACUUGGAACUUAUGCAUGCAGUUCAUGUCUACCGCUCGGUGAUCAUGAAGAGAUCUGUGAUAUGACAUUGGUCAUACAAAUGAGCAAACACCUUUGAAAGAGUAGUCCAGGCUACUGUAGCUAUUCUCUGGCAGUAUUGCGCCAUUUUAUGUUGAAGCCAGUAGGUUUCCUGGUGCCAUUUUAUCUCCUUUGCACUUUUGCAGAUUGCACUGAGAACUCACAGACUUACUGUAGAUGGACAAAAGACCGGUCACAUGACUGAGCUGAGCUAAUUAUUUCUAUUGGAAUUUUAUAAAGAGUUUAGUUUUGAUAAUUUUAUUAAGAAAAUCAACAAACACUUCCACACAAAGUGAUCAUCUUAAAGUAUCGGUAGCUCGAAUGUCAUUCAUUUUCAUGGUGUUUGUUUAGUUCUGCAAGGGAAGGAGAUUGGCUGGCAUACCCUUAAACCUUUAUUUUUUAUUUAUGUGUUUAACAUUUUUGUGGACUCUACAGGUUUUCAUGAAGCAAUGACAUCAAUGAGGUAUGGCUAGGGCCUCUUGUAUCAGUGACUGGAUUCUAGUGAAGUGAUAGGCCGAAAGUAUGUUUAAUCUGCAAAUGACUAACCAUUAUGCUAUAAGCAAACAUUUACACAUUAUUCUUCUGAAACUAUUUAACGAGAUCUUUAAAGCCUGUGUAAGUCCUAUUAAAACCUCCCAAUUUGUCCUGCAGAUCAGGACUUUGGUUUAGAAUCAGGAGAAUUAUGAGACACAUAGAAUGAGAUGUGUAGCUGAUGGUUACCCACUCAAUGUCGCAGGUAUAAGUGUCAAUUGCAAGUGGAAUUGAAGGAGUGUCUAUAAGAAAGAAGUUAGAGGCAUGGCAUGUUGUGAUAAUGACCACACCUCUUCCUGCGUGCAUGUCCAAUUAGGAGUAAUGAAAAGCUGGGAGGUAUACAAAUAAUAAUAAUAAUAAUAAAAAAAAUAAACCUUAAAGUGGAACAAAAUUAAAACCUAAUUUUAAAUGUAUUAAUACAUUUUGUGAAUUUAGAAAGAAGUAUUUUUAGACUUAUUUUCUAGCAACUGGGUUGCUGUAUCAAUUCCUCACAAAAAAGGGGGAGAUUUAUCAAACCUUCUAAAGACAGAUGUAGAAGUUGCCCACACUGAUUCUACCUACCAUUUUAUAGAAUGUACUAGAUAAAUUAUAGCUAAAAUCUGACUGGUUGCUAUGGGCAACUACUACACCUGUCCUCUUUAGAAGAUUUGAUACAUCUCCCCCCAAAAAGAGCAGGAAACACAAGUCUCUAAGUCAGAGGUUCUCAAACUCGGUCCUCGGGGGCACACACAGUGUAUGUUUUGCAGGUAACCCAGCAGGUGCACAGGUGUAUUAAUUACUCACUGACACAUUUUAAAAGGUCCACAUGUGGAGCUAAUUAUUUCACUUGCGAUUCUGUGAGGAAACCUGCAAAACAUGCACUGUGUGUGCCCCCGAGGACCGAGUUUGAGAACCUCUGCUCUAAGUAAAGGAAAUGCUCUAUUUUGAAAGCAUAUUCAAGAAAAUCCCUGUAAUCCUAAUUAGUAGAUAAAAGGACAGUUUCUUUAUUGAUCCAAGUCAGUGACCACGUUUAAUAAAUUAUUUGCUGAAUAAACAGAACUAGGUGCAGUUAUGGGAAAGUAAUAGUUCUAUUCUUUCAUAUAUGACAUAUGCAAAUAGUUCUAGUUACACUUCAUCAGUACUAUCACACAGACACGUUUCACUCCAGCUCUGAGCACUACCAUUCUAAAGCACACAUGUGACACCACCCUAAUAGUUGAAGCAUUCAGGGGAGAUGUAUCAACAUUUCAAGAGAGAAAGUGGGGAAGUUGCCCAUAGCAACCAGUUUCUAGCGAUCAUUCAUCUAGCACAGUUUAUAAAAUGACAGCAGCUGAUUGGUUGUCAUGGGCAACUUCUUCUUUUUCUCUCUCUGUUUGAUACAUCUUACCUUUUGUGUUGGUGAUAAGGUUGCUGUUCCCAUGUAUAUGAGGAUUCAUCUGCAUGAUCAUUUGUUGCCUUACUCAUCCCUACAAAGAUAAGAAUAAUGGCUGUAGUGGCACCUGGAAAAUACACGAGUCCAAUUUCUAUUUGGUGGUCAGUUCCCCUUCAUUAGUGUAACUACAGCUACAUUACAUAUCCCAUGCAUGCUUGUAUGUAUGACACAAGCCCACAGGAGUCAUGUAACAAAGUUAAUAGCCAAGAUAAUUGUAUAAAUGUUGGCUACUUCUACAUAAGCCUAAAUAAACUUGUAGGGAACUGGGCUAUUUCUCAGUAUAAUGAGAACAGCAAAUAGUGAUGGUCUCUAAACCCAAUAAUCACUAGGAUAUACGAGCUGAGCAAGAGCCCUUCCACUCACAGAGGAUGGAAUUAAUGACAGUCAGUAAAAGGAAAUGUGUCUACAAUGCAUUAUCUUGUCCUUCCAGUGGUGUGGUCACAGCAUUCGCUCUCAGCAUAGCUAAGCCACAUCUCAGUGCUAAAGAGCUUGUCAUGCAUUGAUAGCACAAAUAGAUCAUUUAUGUCAACACAUGGUGGAUAGAUGGGCCAUAUUCAAUAAAGAAAAAGGCUUUUUCUAGAGGAUGCAAUACUAUUAUAAUGCAGUUCUAAAGUACCAUUUGAUGGCAAAUAGUGCAACAGAUCAUACUCCAUUUCCCAUAUUUUUCCUUAAAAUUAACAUAUAAUAAUCACACUUUCAUUUUUUUUUACAAGUGGUGGUUAUUUUAUGAUAUAUUUAUGCCCUUAGAAUAAUACAUUAUUGGUUAUACCUAUUGGUUGGAUCACUGUAAAAGGCCACUAAUAAUAUAUUUAUUAUGCAUUGUUUUAAAAUGUGGGUUCUUAGCUUGCAGGUUGUGACCCAAAAUGUGACUCCGUGCCUCUUAUAGCUGAAUUGCCACCUGCAUAAAAUUAGAAUAACACCCCCGUCCUCUUGCAGCAGCCAUUUACCACAAGGCCCCUCCAUUACAGCCACAGACGAGGACUACAGUCUCUUAAUAAAUCUUGUUCGCGUGUCUCCGGCUUACACAUCCCAUUUACAUUUGGUGACUGAGCUACACUGAUUUGCUAUUUUUGUAAAAUGGUGGCUGGAAAAAAUGGCUGCAUGUAGCAGGCUUCUAGGUUCCACUUAAUGGGAGAAGAACAUUGCUAAACUCUUGUGUACGUGGUAGUGCAGCAGUAAGUGUCAGCAAAAUGAAUAUACUGUACUUAAUGUGUAGCAUAUAAUAAAUUAAUAGUCCUAACCUGAACCUGGGAUACUGAAGCCUAGGGGAAAAUCCUUGAGGUCGUGAAAGUCGUGAGGUUCUGGUGCCAACUCUCAAUGGUAAUACAGUGUGUGUUAUCACAGCAGGGUCUUCUUUCCUACCAUGAUUUCUAGUGUAAACUUUAUUUGUCUUUGAGUAACCAAUCACUACAAGCAAGGAGGAUGCCAGCAAUGAUUUGGUCCAGUUCUGUUACCAGCUCGUUGCUAUGAGAGUCACCAGCUCUUUAAGAACUGCUG